AUGACUAACAGCUAUGUCAUACCAGAGGAGUGUCGGGCAGCGGUCGUUGUCGAUGAAGGUCCGAACUUUACCGUAAAGACUCAAAUGGUGAAGGUUCCAAUUCCAGGUCCUGAUGAAGUGUUGAUCAAACUCAAUGCUACCGGUAUUUGUUAUUCAGACAUUCACUACAUGUUAAACGACACCGGUGGUAAGAAGAUGUCAGCAUCGGGUAUAUGCUCCGCUGGCCACGAAGGAUCAGGUGUGGUUGUUAAGCUGGGUGAAAACGUGAAAACAUUCCAGCUUGGGGAUCGAGCCGGUGUAAAGCCAAUUUGGUACACAUGCGGAUCUUGCAGUCUGUGCUGGGGUGGUAAGGAAGUUCAUUGCCCACAGAAAGUCCUCACUGGAGUGGGUGCGACUGGAACCUUCCAACAUUAUAUUGUUUCCCCAGCUCGAUACACCACUGUGAUUCCAAAUGGAAUUCCAGAUCAUGUUGCUGCCCCCGCUAUGUGCAGCGCGGCUACCGCAUAUCGCUCCAUCAGAGAGUCCGAACUGGCCGUUGGAUCAUGGGCUACAAUCAUCGGUGGAGGCGGUGGUGUUGGGAUCCAAGCUGUGCAGAUAGCCAAAGCUUUUGGGUUACGGCCUAUUGUUGUUGACACGGGAAGCGAAAAGCGUGCUCUAUCAUUGAAGAUGGGCGCAGAGGCCUUCGUUGAUUUCAAAGAGUUCCCGGAUACUGUUGCAGAAGUUAUUCGUCUGACUGGUGGUAUUGGAUCUCACGGUGUAUUUGUCACAGCGCCCCCUGCAUAUCCAACAGCCAUCGGUUAUAUCGGUGCUAGGAUUGGGGGUGUUGUUAUGUGCAUUGGGCUACCUGCAGCAGCGUCUGGUCACAUCAUGAACGUGAAUCCCACCAUGAUGAUCUUGAAAAGUUUGUCAAUCAAAGGAACAUUGGUAGGCACAAUGGAGGAUACAGAGGCUGUGUUACAACUUGUUCAAAGGGGCUUGGUGCGAGAAGUCUGUGAGGUGUUGCCCUUUGAAAGGUUCCCUGAAGCGGUAGAUCGACUCCGCAAGGGGGAGGUUGCCGGGAAACUUGUGAUUGAUUACAACGCUUGA